AAACGCGUUUAAAGGAAAUAGAAAAAAGAAACAGACAAAAGCACAAAAACGGGUAGGUUAAUAAUUGCAAUAAUUAGGUUCUUAAAAAACACCACGUUAAUUAAUUUAUCCUUACCACUCUCCAGCGCUGUAGGUGGCGGUAUGCACCUUUACAGUUGGUUUGCAACCCGCCAGUAACCCACAAAAGAAGAAGAACAUCAUACAAAAGCGCGGCAAUGUGGCGUCAGCAAAGGCCCCGCCCUCUCUUCCAAUAAUAACAAAACGGAAACUUUCUAGAUCUCGGUUAGAAGUAACGGAAAAUGUGCUAAUAUUUGUUGUUAAGUUUGUUGUUGUUCAAAUAAUUUACCUUUGGCUCACCUGCAACUAGUCACAAAAGGUCUGUACAAUCUUAGCUAGGUCGAAAUCAGGACAAGCGAGUCGAUAUACUUAAAAAACAAUCGUCAUUCUUGAAACAUCUUCAAACUUCUGAGUACGAGAAAUCAGAAGAAUGGCAGAUUCUUCUUUUGAUGAUCUCAAUUCUUUUAACUGCCCGGUCUGUCUUCAUCUUCUGAAGGACCCGAUCACUACAGCAUGUGGACACAGUUUCUGUAUGAACUGCAUUACAGAGUGCUGGGAUCAGGAUGAUCAGAAGGGCGUUUACAGCUGCCCACAGUGCAGGCAGAUAUUCACUCCCCGACCAGUUCUCAACAGAAGCACAGUGCUAUCUGAACUUGUUGAGAAAAUGAAGAGAGAAGAAUCAGCUACUGGAAACGAACCUCCAUUGUGUUCUGCUGAGUCUGAUGAUGUGGAGUGUGAUGUCUGCAUCAGGACCAAACUUAAGGCCAUCAAGUUUUGUCAGAUGUGCGUGGCUUUCUACUGUGAAUAUCACAUCCAAACUCAUUAUACAUCUCCUGCACUGAAGAGGCACAAACUGGUCAAUGCUUCGCCACAUCUGCUGGAGCAGAUCUGCACUCAGCAUGAUAAACCACUCGAGCUGUACUGUUGCCAGAAGUUGAUCUGUGUCCAGUGUGCUUUGAUUGACCACCAGAACCAUAGUAUAGUCUCACCUGCAACAUCAAGAAAACAACUUGAGGGGCAGUUAAGAUCAAAUCAGGAAAACAUACAACUGGAAAAGAAUCGGCGAGAAAAUAAGGUACAGGAGUUAAGAGAAGCCAUGGACUCUCAUAAGGAAUCUGCAAAUGCAGCAGUUGAGCUGAGUGAGGCAAUUUUUGCUGAUAGGAUCAGAACCAUUAAGAGAAAAAGAGCGGAGAUAACAAAGAUGAUAAAAAAUCAAGAGGAAGCAGAAGAAAGUGUGGCGAAGAAGCAUAAAGAUUCAUUGGAACAAGAAAUCAGUGAUCUAAUAAAGAGACACAAUGAACUGGAGCAGCUUUCAAAGAUAGAGGAUGAUAUACAUUUUAUCCAGAAGUUUUCCUCUCUUUCCCAAUUCCAAUGUUUAAACUUGCACAACGUCACCGUAAACCAACAUUUGACAUUUGACAAAAUACAACCAAUUCUCUCUGAGCUGAAAAGUCAACUGGAUGAUCUGUGUGAACAAGAAACUGUCAGAAUAUCGGAAAAAGUUCCCACAGUCCACAUAAUGGUAAGCCAGAAUACCCUCACAAAAUAUUUGCCAUCUCGACCCAAGACCAGAGAAGAGUUUCUUAUCUAUUCUUCAAUAUUAACUCUGAAUCCGUUAUCAGCCUGUUAUCAGCUCUCAGUACGUGACAAGUCUGUGUCAAGAAAUGAUAAACCGGCAGAUUACUAUUAUUACAGUAGGCCUAAAGCUACAUACAAGGUAUUGUGUAAAGAGAAACUAUCUGGACGCUGUUAUUUUGAAGUUAACUGGACAGGAUUAGGUUGUUCUAUUGGAUUCUCAUAUGACAACAUCAGUCAAAAGGCAACAACUUCUUUUGGAUCUAAUAACAGAUCCUGGAGAUGUGACUUUACAACAGGUAGUGUUUGUGAAAUCCAAAAUAACCAAACAACCAACGUUCAGUUGGUUGCAAAAAUUGGUGUGUUUCUUGAUACGGAGUCAGGAACUGUAUCCUUUUAUAAUGUCUCUGACAAAAUGACCCUGCUUCACAGAAUCCAGACCACAUUCACUGAGCCUCUUUAUCCUGGGUUUUCUUUGGAAAAGUGGGGCAAUAAUUCAUCAGUGACUAUUUUGUAGAUGUAGUCUUCACCCCCAGAGAGAGAUCAUGCAUGAACCAUAUGUACAAUUUAAUCAGCCAUGACAAAAAUAAAUUGUCGAAUAUUUUAUAUUUAGAGGUGGCACAGGGAGAGAGGAGCAUCAUCUGUCAGAUAGCAGGGACACAUUUUCUUCACCAAAAGACAGUCUAAAUAAGUUCAUCUAUAAGUUUAGCAAAACCCUUUGCAGUACAUUUAAAUUUGAACUACUAAAAUCAUUUGCAGGAUACAUUUGCGUUAAUGUUUGUUAGAAAAUGUAAUUAAAGAAAAUAUGGAUCAUAAAAUUAACAGAAUUGAAUGCCUGUGAAGAAAAAUGCCUGUGCCCUUGGUAAACACUAAAUAGAGAACAUCCCUGGUAUUCUCCUUAAGUGUGGUAAUUGUAUUGACCUUCAUAAUGGGGUAUAUCAUGAUAAUCAUCUUGUUUUGUGUCAUACUGUAUACUGUAGUAAUGUGGGCUGUUUAAAAAGGGAAUUUGUUAUUGUUGUCACUGGAGGAUUACCAAAAUAAAAGUGAACAUUUUGCAUAGUGUGGAAUAACUACUUUUUAUCGUUUGAACUUUGGAAAAAUGUUCUGGUAUAGAUGUGUCUAUUCUAUUGAAAUCAAAAUAUGUUGUAUCUGAAUAAAUAUAUCAGUUUCACUAUC